GGGGGUCACCAGGGCUAGAGUUUCUCUGGUCAGACACUUUUAGGGGACGGACACUCUAAUAAAAUGAGAUAAAAUUAACAAAUAUUUGGUCUAAUAUUAUUAAUUGUCGUCUAUUUUGGACUCCAGUCGUGGGCUGGAUUGGACGGUCCAGCGGCCCAGAUUUGGCCCACGGGCCACCAGUUGAAGAUCAACGGGGGUAGAAAUCAGUUCAAUCUGUGUUUGUGUUUGAUUCCAACAAUUUCAAGCAGGGAUUUGAUCUGUGUCUUCUGUCCCGUCUCUCAGUGUGUGGGACAUACCCAGGGCGAAGACGGAAGGACGCCGCCCCUCCCCCCAUGUUGUUUCCGUGUCCUUCCUGUCAGCAGGACGUGGAGCUCGGAGAAAGAGGUCUAACGGACUGUUUUCGCAACCUGACUCUGGAGCGGAUCGUGGAGAGGUACAGUUACACCAUAAGUCUGGGCAGCGUGGCCAUCCUGUGCGGGUUCUGUAAACCGCCCCAGUCUCUGGAGGCGACCAAGGGCUGUGCCGACUGCAAGUCCAACUUCUGCAACGAGUGUUUCAAACUCUACCACCCCUGGGGGACGCCGCGGGCUCAGCACGAACACAUUCUUCCCACCAACAACUUCAGGCCAAAGGUCCUGGUGUGCACCGAGCACGAGCAGGAGCGACCGCUGUGGUACUGCCGCAACUGCCAGAGGCUGCUGUGUCCGCUCUGCAAGCUCCGCCGCCUCCACCACGGACAUAAAGUCUUACCUGUGGCACAGGCCUACCAGGCCCUGAAGGACAAGAUCACCAAGGAAGUCAACUUCAUCCUGGCCAAUCAGGAGACGAUACAGAACCAGAUCACUCAGCUGGACGCUGCCAUCAAACAGACGGAGGCUAACAGUGCGGUAGCUCUGCAGCAACUGACCUACUGCAUCAGGGAAAUGGGAGCGGCGGUAACAGAGCGCCAGGGAGCGCUAGCUGUGGCACUGGAGGGAUCUCGCAGCAAGAGGCAAGACGCUCUGUCAGCUCAGAUCUCAGAGAGGAACGGGCUGCUGGAACAUUCCGGCCUGUUGGUGUACGCAGAGGAGCUGCUCAAGGAGGCCGACGCCCCCUGCUUUGUCCAGGCCGCCAGAGUCACCCACAACAGGCUGCUGAAGGCCAUCGAACACCUGCAGUGUUUCUCCCUGGCAGCUGAUCCCUCCUUCAGACAUUAUUCCUUGGACGCAACCAAGGAAGUUAAGCUCAUCAACAGCCUGAAAUUCAUACAAGCUCCACUCGCUCCUGUCAUCGACACCCAGAAAACAUUAGCCUACGACCAGCUGUUUCUGUGCUGGCGCCUGCCUCAAGACUCCGCCCCCGCCUGGCACUACUCCGUGGAGUACCAGCGGCGAGAAGGAGGAGCCGCGGCGUCGUGGGGAGGCACCAGGUCCCCCAAUUCGUCCUCUCCGUGGCAGCGGAUCGACGAAGUGAGGGGGACGAGCGCCGUGAUCGAUCGACUGCAGACUGACAGUGUGUACGUGCUGAGGGUGAGGGGCUGCAACAAGGCUGGGUUUGGAGAGUACAGUGAAGACGUGUACCUGCACACUCCACCGGCACCUGUGCUGAGUUUCUCCCUGGACUCUCGCUGGUGUUUACAUGCCGACCGGUUGGCUCUGGGUAAAGGACUGACCUAUGCUCGCAGCGUGCCCGGCGUCUCCCUUCUGCGGGUGGCUGACCGCACGCUGACCUCCUGCCAUUUGACCUCUGACCUCCUGGUGGCCGACGUAGCCGUCUCGCAGGGCAGACACUACUGGGCGUGCUCGGUGGAGCCCGGUUCCUACCUGGUGAAGGUGGGAGUCGGCCAGGAGGCCAAGCUGCAGGAGUGGUUUCACCUUCCUCAGGACGCCAACAGCCCUCGCUGCGAGCCAGACAGCGGCCAUGACAGUGAGGCGGAGGACGGUCAGGACUCCCCCCCCUACUGUUUCCUUACUAUAGGAAUGGGGAAGAUCCUCCUCCCACAAGGACACAGCUGCAGUCAGAGCCACGGGGACAGCCAGAGUCACGGCGCCGUACACUCCCACAGCAGCAGCCACAGUAACAUGGCCCACCCCCACACCGCUCCGCUGCCCCCCCGACUGGGCGUUUGUCUGGACUGUGACAAGAGACGGGUCACGUUCUACGAUGCGCACUCACUGCGGAUCCUGUGGGAGGGUCACGUGGACUGCUCCGCCCCCGUGUGCCCGGCGUUCUGCUUCAUCGGUGGAGGAGCGCUGCAGCUGCAGGACAUGGUGGCCAAUCGCAGCAUCGAGGAGGCGCCGCCGCGCAGGGUCACCAUCCAAACCAGGCCAAAACAUUUCAGCAAAUGAAGGAGUACGACUGCGGAAACAGUUCACUCACAGGUCAAAGGUCGCUGUGUUUCCUGAACAUUUUAUUUUGACACGAGAAAAAUAACGCUGCUUUUUAAACGUAAACACACAAACUAAUAUUUUUAUAUUAGUCUAGUCGUUUUUUUUGUUUUGAUUGAUGAUCAAAGGUCUAAGAACAGAGACUGUUCUCGUCUUAUAUUUUGGGUCUAAAUUAGGAAAAUCCGAUAAUAUUGACCGACCGAUGUUAGCAUAAUUAUGUUAUAUCUGUAAGAAC